AUGUCAUUCUUACUACGAAAUUAGUUCAAUAUUAAUCAGCUAGUUGCUUUAUUUACAUUUGCUGCUGCAAUUUCAUUGGUAAAAAGCACUAGGAGUUUUAACAUUGAGAGAGAAUUAGUGAAUAUUAACUAAGACAAUUACGAAUCUGGAAAAUUUUUAAAAAUUGAAAGAAAUUUGCUUGUAAAUUAUGUGAUUUGUAAAACUGAUUGCCUGGAUUCUGGUUAUAACUUUUGCUCUUACGCUAAUAGAUCAUCUGGAAAGUGUUGCUUAUAAAGUGAGACUUGUAGUGGACCAGAUGUUUGUAGUAACAGUAUAAAUGAAAAUUACCCGUUCUUCAAAUAUUGGGCCUGUCCAAAUCAUCAAUCAUGCGGGAAAAUUAGUGGAUCUUUGACAAUAUUGCCAGUAAUUAAUGGCACUUAUUUAACUUUGACUCCAGCUUCAACCUCAAUGGGUCCUGGUAAUACUUGCAAUUAUCUUAUCAAAUUUCCAGCUGAUUCAAAAACUGGAGACUUUAUUGGUUUCAGAUUUAAUAAAGCUGGAAACACUGAUGGAUUCUACACUAUUACUGAUUCUGACUAAUAUUCUUCGAAUAAUAUCAAUGUUUCAACAGCAAUCAAAGUAAGCACGUCAGCAGCCUCAUUUACAAUUUACUACCCUCAAUAGGUAUAUGUUACACUAAUAUCAAAGUCAACAGGUACAAUAGACUAUAAUUUUAACAUUUGGGCUUUGAGACCUUGGGUCAAGCCAGUAACUCCCACUACUAAUACUACAAAUAACACAAGCAGUGGUGGCACAAACACCACUAAUAACUCAAGCAAUUCAAAUAAUACCAACAAUAAUACCACUAAUAAUAAUACUACAAGUAAUAACAGUACGUAAAAUAAUAGCUAAAAUAACAAUUAAACCAAUGGUGGAACUUCUAAUACUGGAGAUAAUAAAUUAAAUUCAGAAUCAUCCUCUGAUAGUUUAAUUAAUGAUGAAAGCAAAACUUACAUAAUAAUAGGGUUAGCAGGGUGUUGUGGUGUGUUUUUAAUUACAAUCAUGAUAUUGCUUAUCUUUUACCUUAAGAAGUAGAAGUAAAAUCAAUAUGAAAUUGCAAAAGAUAACCUUACCUCCAAAUCUGUAUUCUAGAAGAAGGCUGGGGACAUUUAAAAGUUCAAUAAUGAUUAAGAUCACAGUUAAGACAUAUCAGGCAUCAUAAUGGCAGAUGAGAAAGAUUCUAAAAAAAGAAGAUCCACUAAAGUUCAGCCAAUGAUUCGCAAAACAUAGGAAGACGAAUUGGAGAGCCAACCAUAAAUGCAAGAAUUACUAGACAGCGCUAAACAAAAAUUGCAUCAUAAUUCCAAUUCAAAAGGGCCAGCUGAAAGCUCACAUGAUCCGGAUACUCAGAGCACCUAAAAAUUAUUAAGCAACUCUUAAAUUUUCCAAAAGCAACCUUAAAACUAAUUACCACCUAUUCAAAGAAUGUUAGAUCCUAACAAUAUAGCUAUUCAGCAUUAAUUAUUCAAUUAGAUACCAAUAAACAGUGAAAACAUGAAUAAUCCCUCUAAUAUGUUUCUCCAGUAGCAAUAGCUCAUGCAAUAGAUGCUUUAAUAGUAAAUGUUUGGCAGCAUAUAGAACCCAAUGAUGAUGGAUCCUUAAUUCCAGAAUCAGUUUAUGAAUCAGAUGCAGAUGUAGUAAGUGCCUAACUAAGCAUAUUAGUAGCAGGUUUAGUAAAAUCUUGAAAACUAUGUUCACGAUAAAAGUGGGAUGAAUUUCUAUUCCUAGUAAGUGCAAAAUCAGAGCAACUAUAACACUAUGUCUCGUCCAGGAACGAGUUAAAAGUAGCAAAUUUCUGAAGAAAAGUUCAACAACAGCAAAUAGUAAAUUGAUAGUGAAGCAAGUGAGUAAAGCAAACCUAGAAGCAAGAAAAAUAAAUAGAAAAAGGGAGUUUAAAAUUAGUUGAAAGAAUCCACAGAUAGCUAGAGUAUAUCUAAUGAAUUAGGUCGUUCUCUCACAAAGAAUUAGCUGAUAAACCCUUUGGAUAAUGAGCAAAAUGAGAGUGAUAAUGAAUUUGAUUACAAAAAUGACAAAGUUCAAAUUGAAUUUUAAGAUUAAUGA